UACGACCUCAGUCGUCUCUCAACGUUCUUACGAGUAGCAUAUGCUUCAUCUACCUGAAUGGCAGUUUAUUUUUAAGAAUAAUAAAAGAAAAAUGGCUCAAGAUAAUAAUACCGUGUCAUUCAAGACAGCGCCAGGAUUUUGUCCAGAUUGCGGAUCGAUUCUUCCUCUGUUAGGUGACAAGGGCAAUGUAACUUGUUAUUCCUGUAAACGAAGCUGGGGACAUGAAGUUUUUGGCGACAUGGCUAUGACUUAUACUAUAUCUUUUAAAUCAAAGAGUUCUUACUCUCAUACAAAAGAGACCGAUGACAAUGAUCAGGAUGGUGAUGGUCCAAUAGUCGAACGUCGAUGUCCACAGUGUCAAAAUGAAAAAAUGUCAUAUGCAACAUUGCAAUUAAGAUCAGCCGAUGAAGGACAAACUGUGUUUUAUACAUGUACCAAGUGCAAAUUCAAAGAAACAGAAAAUUCGUGAUUUGGAUAUGUUUUGGGUCUUUCUAUCUUUGAAAUGAAAAAUUUUAAACAUUAGAAUUUAAUUAAUUUCAAUACGAUCACUCUCUUCUAAUAAAACAUAGAACUUUAUUUAUGAUACACUCAACAAAUGAUGAAUGAGAAGGGUAUAUAAGUAUUUUUAUAAUUCUACAGGGUCAAUAGUACAAUUUUGUUAUAACAAUAUAUGGAUAUCUUAAUUAAAUAGUAAUUAAGUAAUUUCAUAUAUACAGUAUGUCAGCAUAAAAGGUAACAAUUAUUUUAAUAAAUUCAUUUUGAUCCACUUUUAAAACUGUUAUGAUGUAGUGGUCCUUUGAUUAAAAAAUCUUAUUAGU